AUGAAUAAACAACUUACGACCUUGACUUCUGGAAUAAGCAGCUCUGCUGAAUGUAUUGAGGAUCUGAAUGAGAAAAAAUCUGCAGCUGAACCGGAACAGAUAUCUCAAGAAUUGAAGGAGACUAAACAAGGAAAGGAGAAAGCACAGAUGGAAAGUACCAACCAGAAGCCUACACAUGUGGAUUAUAAACAAGAAGACCCUUGGAUUACAUGGAUUACAAAUCUGCAAAAGAUGCGAAAGAUGAAGGAGGAGGCCCCUGGAGUACUUGGAAUUCAAUAA